CGUUCCCAGAAAUCCCUCCCCACUCCCCCCCUUUUUGCACCAUUUUUUUUCUCCCUCAAAACACAACACCAUGCACCGCCAAUCCGGAUUCCCUUCCAAACACUACUUCUCCGCCUCCUCUAGCGGCGGCAGCGGCAGCGGCGGCGGCUCUUCAAAUUCCAGCGGCGACAGCGACUACUCGCACCUCUUCUCGUCCCGGCUGGGCAGCAUGGUCGCUGAGAAUGCGAUAAUCGUGUUCGCUCGGCGCGGGUGCUGCAUGUGCCACGUGGUGCAGCGAUUGCUCUUCGGCCUCGGCGUCAACCCCACGAUUUACGCCGUGGAAGAGGAGGACGAGCCCGCCCUCAUCCACGAGCUUCUCAGGAUCGUCGCCUGCGCCGGCGAUGACCCCGUCGAAUUCCCCCAGUUCCCCGCGGUUUUCAUCGGCGGGAAGCUUUUCGGUGGCCUGGAAAAGCUCAUGGCGGCUCAUAUUUCCGGCGAUUUGGUACCUCUCCUUAGAAAGGCUGGUGCCCUGUGGCUUUGACUCGGUCCUUAAUCUCCUGUUUACUCUAUAAAAAAGAUAUAUAUAAUAUAUAUCCUAUUCAAACAAGGAUGCAUCGGAUUUUAAAUUCAUUAUUAUUAUUAUCAUUAUGUUAUUUGAUUUCCUUCAAUUUUUUUCCCCUUAAAUAAUUUAUGUCUUUGUACAUUAAUGCAAAUUUUACUGUUUUGAUUUUGCGAUUUUCAA